UAUAAGCGCACACAAUAGCUCAGUGGCACAAGAUUGACGUGGCAUUAAACCGGUUUUAAAUCCGGAAUUUGGAGUCCGCUACGCAAUUUUGUACACAAAACCCAGAAAGUGCCUCCCGACUCUCUUCACUGUGUGUGUGAAAACGUUGAAACGAAGUGAGAGAAAGUUGUAGAGAGAGAGAGAGAAACCCAGUUACGACAGUGAACUUUGAGCUUCGAAAAAUCGCUUAAAUUUUGCUCGUAAAUCUCUAGUUGAAUUUUAGUUAUGGGAGAAGGGGAGACGGUUUCUGAGGUGGCAGAAGCACCUGCUAAUGGAAAUGUGGCAGUGGAGGAUAAGAGUGAAGUGAUUAACAAGUAUACACAUGAGGAAAAGGAUGAAACGAAGGAAGUGAAGGAAGAAGAGAGCAAAGAGAGUGUUAAAAACGAUGCUGAAAAGAUGGAUGUAGACAAAGAAGAGGUCAAAGAAACCAAAGGAGAUGAAGAGCUUAAAGAAAGCGACAAAAAAGAGGAAGAGGUGAAAGAAAUCAACGAAAAAGAGGAAGAGGUGAAAGCAAACAACAAAAAAGAGGAAGAGGUGAAAAAAAAUAGCGAAAAAGAGGAAGAGGUGAAAGGAAACAACAAAGCUAAAGAAGAAAAUCCUGACCAGGAUACUAAAGUAGAGGAGGAGAAACCGGAAACCAAGAGUGAGGCAAUAGAAGAAGAGAUGGCUGAAGAGCCAGAUGAUAAGGACAGGGAAGAAGAAAUGGCUGAAGAGCCAGAUAAUAAGGAUGAGGACGAAGAAAUGGCCGAAGAGCCAGAUGAUAAGGAUGAGGAGGUUAAAGAGGAGGCAGGUGGAGAGGAUGAGGAUAAGGAAAACAAUGAAAAGCAUAAGGAUGAAAAAGGGUCCAAGAAGAGUGUUAAAUCAAAGGGGAAGAAGGAUAAGAAAAGGAAACGAGAAGUUGAACCAAAGAAGGAUAAGGAGCCAAAGAAGGAGAAGGAGCCAAAGAAGGAGAAGGAGCUAAAAACUCCUACACCCUCAACAAUUGACCGUCCGGUACGCGAACGCAAAUCUGUUGAAAGGCUUGUUGCAUCUAUUGACAGAGAAGCCAACAAGGAUAUUCGUAUUGAGAAGGGCCGUGGAACUGCACUAAAAGAUAUCCCCAAUGUUGCAUACAAAUUAUCCAGAAAGAAGACUGAAGAAACGUUCAAAUUGCUACACACAAUUCUCUAUGGACGGCGCGGAAAGGCAGCUCAGAUCAAGAGCAACAUUUCACGAUUUUCUGGCUUUGUGUGGCAUGAAAAUGAGGAAAAGCAAAAGAUGAAAGUAAAAGAAAAGCUUGACAAGUUUAUUAAAGAGAAGCUGUUGGAAUUCUGUGAUGUACUGGAUAUACCUGUUACCAGAGCUACGUCGAGAAAGGAAGACUUGGUGGUGAAGUUGAUGGAAUUCUUGGAAGCUCCUCAUGCUACGACUUCUGAGUUGCUUGCCGAGAAGGAACAGCCAAGAGGAAAGAAGCGUAGAAGAGAGAGCAAAAAGAGUCCCUCAUCGGCAUCUGCUAGUUCAAAAGGUUCAGCCAAGAGCAGAAAGAAGACUGAAAGUACAUCUCAAAAGGCUGAAAAGAAGAAGAAUGUGCACGAGUCAGAAGAUGAAUCUGAGCAAGAAGAUGAUGUCCACGAGGAGGAAUCUGAAGAAGAAAAGGCUAAUGGUGUUCCUGAGAAAUCUGAUGAUGAGAAGUCAGAUCAGUCUGAAAGUGAGAAGGAGAGUGAAUCUGAAGAUGAGCCUGAGGAGGAUAAGAAAAAGCAUAAGCAAAGUUUGAAUAAAUCUUCAACAAAAAAGGAACCUGCUAUGAAAGCCAAGACCAAGAAACCAGCAGUCUCUAAAGUACCAAGUCCUCCCAAAAAGACCCCUUCAAAAUCAUCAAAGAGCUCGAAGCCCAAUGCUAGUAAUGAUGCCACUCCCAAAGCAUCUUCAAAGAGGAAGAAAACUGAAGUAGAAUCUUCAACGCCAAAGAAGUCUACUCCCAAAGAAAGUACUGGGAAAAAGAUUGUGAAGGGAAAGGACAAGAGCAAAGAAGAUAAAUUGAGACCAAGUGAUGAUGAACUUAGAGAUGCAAUUUGUGAAAUUCUAAAAGAAGUUGACUUCAAUACGGCCACCUUUACUGACAUUCUAAAGCAACUUGCCAAGCGGUUUGAUACAGAUCUCGCGCCCAGAAAAUCGUCUAUAAAGAUUAUGAUCCAGGAUGAGCUUACUAAACUAGCUGAUGAGGAUGAUGACGAGGAUGAGGAAGGUGAGGCUGAGAAGGAUGCAAAGAAGCCUUCUAAAGGUGUGAAAGCCUGAAAACAUUAGUAGAAUGUAAUGACGGGAAAUGUAGCCGUCCGUCUCAAUAUCCGCCAAUCUUCCUCAUGAAUUGGUGCCUCCAUGUGCCCAUUAUGAGUUCAACUAGCUGUAAUCUAUUGUCAAUGUAUCGUUUAUGAUUUAACUCUUUUGACUAGGAUAUCGUAGAACUAUAAAUGCAAGGUUACUGCUUGUAUAAACACAAUUGUAGUUUUUAUUUCUGUUAACUUAUUUAGCUUCCUUGAUCAUGGAUUUCAAGUACAAAUACUGUAAUCAGAAACAUCCAUUUGGGACUAUGUAUGGCUGUUCUCUUAUUUAUUGUUUGUGGGACAGAACUUUUCAGCC